AGAGGAGAACUACAAGUACCAGCAUAUAACAACUACAGUAUCGAUCAAGUGCCAGGUGUCAACAACAAUCGGAUCGGAAUAGUCAUCCUUCAAACUUUCAAAGUAUAAGUUCCACGAGGAAUCAGGCGUUGUUUAGUUUGGAAAAAAAAUUCUCAAAGUUUGAUUUUGAUCGUCCCACGUAAACUUUUGAAUCGAUCAAUCAAUUUGAAAAUAUACAUAUCGAAUCGAAUUGAAUUUCCACGUAGGCCGCGCGAAGACGCCAAGAAUGCGCGGCAAAAGGGCGAGCAGCGAGCCGAACUAACAGCUGAAAGCGAAACGAAGCUUAGAUAUAGUAAUAGUUAAGAUUACUUUCUCUGCGGUUUCGCGCGCAACGAAGCUACUCCUCUUCCUCCUCCCACCUCCCUUCUACUUUCCACCUCUCGCCCGCCAUGGCGAAUCCUUCAAACCUCCCAUGGGUAUAAAGCGUACGAACCAUUUUUCGAUGAUCCCUCGCUCAUGUCGGAGGCGAUGUUCCGGUUCAUGUCCAAGAACGGCGCCGGCGAUGGGUGCGGCGGCGGCGGAGGCGGAGGAGGAGGAGGGGUGGCGCUGGAGGUGACCGUCUUGUCGGCGGAGUCGCUGCGGCUGCCGCCGCCGUCGUAUUAUUCGCUGAUCCCGAGGCGGCUGCGGCCGUACGUGACGGUGUCGUCGGCGGCGUCGGCGUGCAGCACGGACGUGGCGGCGGCGGCGAGCGGCGAGCACUCGUGGAACGACACGCUCGUCGUCCCCGUGGGCGCGGAGUUCCUCGAGAGCCGCGGCGGCGGCGGCGUGCACGUGGCGGUGUACUCGGAGCCGGCGUGCCGGCUCGUCGGCGGCGCCACGCCGCUGGGGUGGUGCAGGAUCCCCGCCGCCGACGUGCUCGACGGCCUCCGCCCGCCGCGCGCGCUCCGCCGGCUCAGCUACUCCCUCCGCUGCCCGCGCACCGGCGGCCCCGCCCGCGGCGUCGUGCACCUCGCCGUCCGCGUCCUCGGCGACCUCGUCCCGCCGCCUCCGCCGCAGCAUGCCCCGUCGACGCCGCCGGCGCAGCCAGGGUGGUGCCGCGUGGCGAUGGGCAUCCCGGUGUCGGGGACAUCCGCCGCCGUGGUGGGGAUGCCGGCGUGGGCGGCGUGGGGCGGCGAGGCGGCGGCGUCGCGGUGAUCGAUCGCGACGCGGCGAGGCAACGAGAGAGACUACCCGUGGAAAAACGGUGGAAAAAUUCAUCGCCGGGUCGGACUUAUUUUUAUUUAUUUUUUGUUCUGAUCGAGACGUUGACUAACCCGGUAAUGGGUUGGUCAAACGUCUCGUCGGCUCGUCGCGUUGUUCUGCGUGUGUACGUAUAUACGUACGUACAUGCCCGGAAGCUUCCUCUCGCAGCUAUACGUAUGUACAUACAACCCACGUACGUAUAGUAUCAAUCAUAAGUGGCUGUACUCGGAUUGGUGGUGUAUAUGUGACUGAACUGUGGGACCAGGGGGUUGCAGGGGUUUUGUAAUUGUAACUGUAUAAAUGAUUGCUACCACUUGAUUGUGAGAUGAAUUGAUAAGAGAAACCCUAAGUCGAAAAGAACUUAUUAUUGCU